AUGCAGGGCACCGUGGUCGACAAGAAUGGGAAUCCCCACGUUGCUGUCAAGGAAAUCACUUCGGAAAAGUGGUUUGGGCCACGGUUUGCUGAAGUCGUCAAGAACGAAGAGACAGUUCUGCUUCACUUCCAAGAGAAGAACAAACACUUCAUCAAAGCCAUUGCGAGGUACACCCAUGACAACAAGCAUUUCUUCGUAUUUCCAUGGGCGAAAGCCGGGAAUCUACACGAGUUCUGGAUCAAGCAACCCAGCCUGGGGGAUAAUUGCCUCAGUUUCAGCUCUGGGAACUGGAACGAAUACAUCAAAUGGUUCUUCCAGCAACUAAUUGGUAUUUCGGAGGCCAUGGAAAGUCUUCAUUUCUCGGACAAAGUUCCAGGCGGUUCAUGCCGGCCUGGCGAUCUGAAACCAGAGAACAUUCUCUGCUUUUGCGACGAGAUUCCCGGCCCGGGCAAGGUCCCGACUAACGUGACAUUGGUGAUUGCCGAUGCGGGACAUGCCAAAAUCCAUGUUCAAGCAACAGAAUUCCGCCCUGACCCUACAAGGACCCCCCGUGGGACGCAAAGGUACACUCCUCCGGAGGCUGAUGACCCAGUUGGAAACCACAAGCCAACAUCUAGGAGAUACGACAUCUGGUCCCUCGGCUGUAUGUAUCUUGAGUUUCUCGUCUGGAUUCUUUAUGGUUACGAAGGACUACGAGCUUUCUCUCGCGACGUUGGCAAUGAGUUCUUCACAGGUUCAGGUGCGGACGUUCAGGUGAAAUCACAAGUGCGGGAUUGGAUCAAGGCCGUUAAGACUGAUCCAAGAUGUGCACCCAUCACAUCCACAGCGGUAGGAAGACUGGUUCACCUGAUCGAAACGAGGCUAUUGGUUGUCAAUAUUGAGGCUGAAACAACCGGCGAAACCGUCGCGCAAGACGACAACGAGUCUGUACGACCGGAAGGUGGGCUCAGACUUGUUGUUCGGGCCCCCACCAUUAACAUCAACGCAGAGCCAAAGCUGGUGAGGGCUGAUGCAAAAGAAAUGCUCGACGAGAUUGUGACGAUCAAAGCGGCAGCAGUGAGAGAGGGCCCAGGUUCUAUUCUGUGGAUCAAGUGGGAUGGUAUGGAGGAAGCAUCCAAACUCGGAAUACCGAACGUAUCCGACAAGCUUCUCUCUGGGAGACAACCGGAACAAACGAAAGAGCGUCAUCAUAUGUCAACGGCGGUCUGUAGAUCUCUCUCUUAG